AUGGUGUGGAGUUUGCUCAAAUUCAUGUCCACUGAGUUGGUGAUGCUAUCUAACCAUCUCAUCCUCUGCCAUUCCCUUCUCCCUAUCUCUUAUCUUUCCCAGGAUCUUUCUGAUAAAUUGGCUCUUUGCAUCUGGUGGCCAAAGUAUUGGAGCUUUACCUUCAGCAUCAGUCCUUCUAAUGAAUGUUCAGGGUUGAUUUCCUUUAGGAUUGACUGGUUUGAUUUCCUUGCAAUCCAAGAGACUCUCAAGAGUCUUCUCCAGCACCACAAUUCUAAAGCAUCAAUUCUUUGGCACCCAGCCUUCUUUAUGGUCCAACUCUCACAUCCAUACCUGACUGUUUGA